UCCGGGAGACAACACAUCGAAAAUCUUUUUAGCGAUCUUCAGGAUGGAAGAAAACUUCUGGAUCUUCUUGAAGGUCUUACAGGUCAAAAAUUGCCCAAAGAAAAAGGUACAACACGGGUCCACGCUCUGAACAAUGUCAACAAGGCACUGCAGGUCUUGCAGAGAAGUAACGUUGAUUUAGUCAAUAUUGGAAGCACAGACAUAGUGGAUGGAAAUCAUAAAUUGACCCUCGGUUUGAUCUGGAAUAUAAUUCUCCAUUGGCAGGUUAAAAAUGUAAUGCAAAACAUCAUGGCUGGGCUGCAGCAGACCAACAGCGAGAAGAUCUUACUGAGCUGGGUUCGCCAGUCCACUCGUAAUUAUCCCCAGGUCAACGUGGUCAACUUCACCACAAGCUGGUCUGAUGGCCUGGCUUUCAACGCUCUGCUUCACAGUCACAGGCCGGACCUCUUCGAUUGGAGUAGCGUGUCUGGCCCGCAGUCAGCGACCCAGAGGCUGGACCAUGCCUUCAACCUAGCCAAGCAGCACUUGGGCAUCGAGAAACUCCUUGACCCAGAAGACGUGGCCACUGUGUAUCCAGAUAAGAAGUCCAUCUUGAUGUACGUCACCUCCCUCUUCCAAGUCUUACCCCAGCACGUAAGCCUCGAGGCCAUCCGGGAGGUGGAGCGGUUACCGAGGCAGCCGGGAAAGGACACGGGCGGCGAGCAUAUCCACUUACAUCAACAGACGCAUCAUCAAAUGCACUAUUCUCAGCAGAUCACAGUCAGCCUAGCCCAGGGGCUCGGGCCGACCUCUUCAUCCUCGCCUGAACCUCGCUUCAAAAGCUACGCCUACACCCAGGCUGCUUAUGUCACCUCCUCCGACCCAUCAGAGGGCCCACACCCUCCUCAGCAGUUGGGCAGGCCCGGCGAGGAGUCCGUCGGUGGUUCCCCGGCGGAGGCGGACCUGGACGGCUACCAGACGGCGCUGGAGGAAGUGCUCACCUGGCUCCUCUCCGCGGAAGACGCCCUGCAGGCACAGGGAGAGAUCUCUGCUGACGUCGAGGAAGUAAAGGAACAGUUCCACACGCAUGAGGGCUACAUGAUGGAUUUAACAGCCCGCCAGGGACGGGUCGGCCACGUCUUACAAGUGGGAAGCCGACUCCUCGCGGCCGGGAAGCUCUCGGAAGAGGAGGAAAGUGAAAUCCAAGAGCAGAUGAACCUCCUGAAUUCCAGAUGGGAAACCCUGAGGGUGGCGAGCAUGGAGAAACAGAGCAAUUUACAUAAAGUGCUGAUGGAUCUCCAGAACCAACAGCUGAAGCGAUUAGCCGAAUGGCUGUCCCAGACAGAGGAGAGGACGAGGAAAAUGGCAGCCGAGUCCCUCGGUCCAGACCUCGAAGACCUCAAGCGUCAGGUGGAACAGCACAAGGCACUCCAAGAAGAUCUGGAACAGGAGCAAGUCCGGGUGAAUUCUCUCACUCACAUGGUGGUGGUGGUGGACGAAUCUAGCGGAGACAAGGCAACCGCUGCCCUGGAAGAGCAACUCCAGGUUCUGGGCGACCGGUGGGCCAACAUAUGUCGAUGGACGGAGGAUCGCUGGGCCGUCCUGCAAGAUAUCCUUCUCAAGUGGCAGCACUUUACGGACGAACAGUGUCUGUUCGACGCGUGGCUCACCGAAAAAGAAGUGGCCGUCAGCGGCAUCAAUCUCGCCGGCUGUAAGGACCAAAAUGAAAUGCUGACUAAUCUCCGAAAGCUGUCGGCCCUGAAGGGAGAGCUGGAGCGGAAGAAGCAGACGAUGGAGCGGCUGUGCUCCCGGAGCCAGGCCCUCCUCGCGGCCGCGCAGAGUGAGGACUUGGCCCGCAAGCUGGAGGCGUGGCUCGAGCGCUUCGCCCAGCGUUGGGACGGCCUCGCCCGGAAGCUGGAGAAGAGCUCCCUGCAGAUCUCACAGGCUGUCCCCGCCGCUCCGCCGUCACUAACGCAGACGACCGUAAUGGAAACCGUAACUAUGGUGACCACGAGGGAGCAGAUCUUGGUGCAGCAAGCUAAAGAGGGUCUGCCCCCGCCCCAGAAGAAGAGGCAGGUUGCGGUGGAUCCCGAAAUUCGGAAGAGGUUGGAUGUUGACAUGACCGAACUCCACAGUUGGAUCACUCGCUCCGAGGCCGUGUUGCAGAGCCCCGAGUUUGCCGUGUUUCGGAAAGAAGGGGACCUCUCGGAGCUCAAAGAGAAAGUCCACGUCAUAGAGCGGGAAAGGCCCGAGAAGUACCGAAAGCUGCAAGAUGCCAACAGAUCGGCUCAGGCCGUGCUGGAGCAGAUGGUGACCGAGGGUGCCGCCGUGGAGGCCGUGCGCAGGGCCGGGGAGCAGCUGAACGGCCGCUGGGCGGACUUCUGCCGGCUGCUGGCCGCCAGGCUGUCCUGGCUGGAGUGCCAGGCCUGCGUCCUGGCCUUUUAUACGGAGCUGCAGGAGCUGGAACGGGCCGUCGCCUCGGCCGAGAACCGGUGGAGGGGCCGGCUUUCCCCGGCCGACGACACCGCCGCGGUGAAAACCCAGUUGGAGAGCUGCAAGGACGACGGGGCGCGGCUGUCGGCCCUGCGGCCGCGCAUCGAGCGGCUGCAGCUCCAGGGCCGCGGGCUGAAGGAAAGGGAGCAAGUGCCCGUCUUCCUCGACGCGGACCUCCUCGCCUUCACCAACCACUUCCAGCACGUCCUCGCCAACCUCCGGGACAGGGAGAAGCAGCUGCAGACCCUUUUUGACAGUUUGCCUCCUACACAUUAUCAGGAGACAAUGAGAACCGUCCUCACGUGGAUCGAGCGGGCAGAGACCGAACUGUCCGUGCCUCAGGUCGCUGUUACCGAACGGGAGACCAUGGAGCGGAGGCUGAGGGAUUUGAAGGCCCUGCAGCGGGCCCUGCGGGAGCAGCAGCCGGGCCUCGACUCCCUGGGGAUGGCCGUGGAAGAGCUGGCCCGCAAGGCCUCCUCCCGCCAGGCGGGCCCCAAGUACCGGGCCGAGGUCGCCGGGCUCCUCUCCCGCUGGAAGAAGUCCUCGGCCCGGCUGGCCGACGUCGGCCAGAAGCUCGAAGGGCAGUUGGCCCGACUGCACCAGUACCAGAACGACAUCGAAACCCUGAAGAAGUGGAUGGCCGAAGUGGACGUUUUCCUCACGGAGGAGCGGCCCGCUCUGGGAGACCCCGACGUCCUGGAGAAGCAGCUGGAGCAGUGCACGGUUUUAGUUAACGACAUCCAGACCCUCCGUCCCAGCUGGAGCAGCGUGAACGCCACGGGGCAGCAGAUGCAGAGCGAAGCCGAGUCGCGAUUCGCCUCCGGCCUCCAGGCCGAGCUCACGGACCUCAACGCGCGGUGGGAUCACAUUUGCCAGCAGGUCCAGGCGAGGAAGGAGGCCCUAAAAGGCGGGUUGGAUAAGACGGUGGGUCUUCGGAAAGAUCUGUCGGAGCUGCGCGACUGGAUGGGCCGAGCGGAAGCCGAGUACCUCCAGAGGGAUUUCGAAUACAAGACGCCGGAAGAGUUGGAAGGAGCCGUGGAGGAACUGACGAGAGGCAAGGAGGAGGUGUCCCAGAAGGAGGGGCAGGUGGCGGCCCUGACGGAGUCGGCGAGGAGGCUGGUGUGCGGCGCCCCGCCCUCAGCCCACGGAGCCCUGCGCAACGAGCUGGACGCCUUCGUCGCCGACUUCCAGCGGCUCGGCGGACGGAUCCUCGGGAAGUGCAAGAUGCUGGAGGAAGUUUGGGCGUGUUGGUGUGAGUUGUUAGGCUACCUGGAGACUGAGCACAAAUGGCUGGACCAGGUGGCUUGGAAGCUGAAGGCAACUGAGAAUGUGUCUGGAGGCGCCGAAGAUAUCUCCGAAGCCCUGGAUUCCCUGGAGCGGUUGAUGCGACACCCCGAAGAGAACCGCAGCCUGAUCCGCGAGCUGGCCCAGACCUUAACCGACGGGGGAGUUUUGGAUGAGCUCAUCGGCGAGAAAGUGGAGAAGUUUAAUUCUCGCUGGGAAGAGCUGCUGACGGAGGCCGUGAGGAGGCAGAAGGCCCUGGAACAGAGCAUCCGGUCCACUCAGGAGAUCGACAAGACCCUCCGCCUGAUCCAGGAGGCCCUCGCGGUGGCCGACAGGCAGCUGGCCGCCUACCUCGCGGACCGCGUGGACGCCGCCCAGGUCCCUCAGGAAGCCCAGAAAAUCCAGGCGGAGUUGACCGGCCACGAAGUCAGUUUGGACGAAAUGAAGAAGCGGAGCCAGGGGAAGGGAGCCGCCACCCGGAGAGUGCUCGACCAGAUAGACGCCGCCGAGAGAAAGCUGCAGGACGUCUCCGUGAAGUUCCGCUUAUUCCAGAAACCGGCCAACUUUGAGAACCGCCUCCGGGAGGGCAAGAGGAUUUUAGAGGCGGUCAAGACGCAGCUGCCCGAGUUGGAGAUGAAGAGCGUGGAGCAGGAAGUGGUUCAGUCCCAGCUGGAGCACUGCAUGAAACUGUAUAAGAAUUUGAGCGAGGUGAAGUCGGAAGUGGAAACGGUGAUAAAAACCGGGCGCCAGAUUGUCCAGAAACAGCAGACGGAAAAUCCCAAAGAUCUGGAUGAAAGGCUGACGGCUCUAAAACUGCAUUAUAAUGAACUGGGAGCUCAGGUGACGGAAAAGAAGCAGCAGUUGGAGAAGUGUCUGAAAUUGUCCCGGAAACUCCGGAAGGAGUCGAACGCCGUGACGGAGUGGCUGGCGGCCACCGACGUGGAACUGACCAAGCGGUCGGCCCUCGAGGGCAUCCCCGUCAACCUGGACGCCGAGGUGUCCUGGGGAAAGGCGACCCAGAAGGAGAUGGAGAAGCGGCAGAGUCAGAGGAAGACCGUUGCCGAUCUCGGAGAAUCCCUGAAGGCGGUCCUGGGUAAGAAGGAAGGCCUGGUCGAUGAUAAACUCAGCCUACUGAAUAGCAACUGGAGAGCUGUAACGUCGCGGUUGGAAGAGUGGUUGAAUCUCCUGUUGGAAUACCAGAGACACACGGAGGCAUUCGAGAAGAACGUGGCGCACAUCACAGCGUGGGUGAACCGUGCGGAGACCCUCCUCGACGAGUCGGAGAAAAAGAAACCGCAGCAAAGGGACGAAGUCCUUAAGCGCCUAAAGACGGAGCUGAAUGACACGCGCCCGAAAGUGGACUCGGCGCGGGAGCAGGCGGCGAGCCUGACGGCCUACCGAGGGGAUCACUGCCGCAGGGUGGUCGAGCCCCGGCUGGCCGAACUCGACCGGAGGUUUGCGGCUCUGGCUCGGCGCGUUCAGCCCGGAAAGGUUUCCAUUCCUUUGAAGGAAUUGGAGCAGUUUAACUCUGACAUCCACAAAUUGCUCGAACCACUGGAGGCUGAAAUCCAGCAGGGGGUGAAUCUGAAAGAGGAAGACUUCAAUAAAGACAUGAGUGAAGACAAUGAGGGAACUGUGAAAGAGUUAUUGCAACGAGGGGACGCCUUACAGCAAAGCAUCCCGGAUGAAAGAAAGCGAGAGGAAAUAAAGAUAAAACAGCAGCUCUUACAGACCAAGCAUAACGCGCUCAAGGAUUUGAGGUCUCAGAGAAGAAAUAAGGCUCUCGAGAUUUCUCCCCAAUGGUAUCAGUACAAGAGGCAGGCGGACGACCUAUUGAAGUGCUUGGAUGACAUUGAGAGAAAGUUGGCCAGCCUCCCCGAGCCCCGAGAUGAACGGAAGCUAAAGGAGAUUGACCGCGAAUGGCAGCAGAAGAAGGAAGAGCUGAAGGCCGUGAACAGGCAAGCCGAGAGCUUGUCUGCGGCCGGGGCCGCACGGGCCGUGGAGCCAACCCGGAUCCAGCUCAGCCAGCGCUGGCGGGAAAUUGAGAGCAAAUUUGCUCAGUUCCGACGACUCAACUAUGCACAAAUUCAAACCCUGUACGAGGAGACGGCGACCGUCAUGGCCGAGGAACCGGCCCCGGAGGCCUCGUCCGCGCCUUCCGCUUACCUGGUGGAGCUCCUGCGGCUCUCCCGGGUCCUUUCCGAAGUGGGCUGUCUCCUCCGCUCUCCUGACCUCUCCGCGAAAGACUUCGAGAACCUCUUCAAACAGGAAGAGGCUUUGAAGAGCGUGAAGGAGCGGCUGGCGCAGUGGGCCGAGCAACUGGAGGCCGCCCGCGGCCAGGAGGAGGCCGCCCUGCGCGGCGCCGCGCCCGAGGAGCGCCUGGAGAUCCCCGCGGCCCUCGCCCGCCUCGGCUGCCAGUGGCAACAAGUCAACGCGGAGUACGGAGAGCGGCAGGGGCGGUUCGACAGGUGUGUGGAAAAGUGGCGCCAUUUCCACUACGAGCUGAAAAUCUUCAACCAGUGGCUGGCGGAGGCCGAGCGGUUUCUAGCCACAACUCAGGCGCGGGAGAAUAUAGACCGGGCCAAGUACAAGUGGUACCUGAAGGAGCUCCAGGAUGGCGUCGGGAAGCAGACGACGGUGAUCGGGGCGCUGAACGCGGCCGGGGAGGAGAUCGCUGCGCAGUCCUCGGUGACCGACGCGGAUCUUCUCAAGGACAAACUGGAAAGCCUGAACGUCCGCUGGGAGAAGGUCUGCGGGCAGUUGGCCGAGAGGAAAAAGAGACUAGAGGAAGAACAGAAUUUAUUGUGGGAAUUUGGCAGCGACUUAAAGGAAUUUGUGUCGUGGCUGGAGGCCUCGGAAGGUAUCGUCGCUCUUCCCCUGGAACCUGGCGAUGAGGAGCAGCUCAGCGGAGCCCUUGAGAAAGUGAAGUUACGCGUGGGGGAGCUGCCUCCUCGGCAGGAGGUCCUGAAGCAGUUAAACGUAACGGGAAGGAGCGCCCUUACCAGUGCGGCCACCGCCCCGGGAGAGGAGGACCAGUUGGACGGUCAGCUCCAAGCCGCCAACCUCCGUUGGACUCAGGUUUCCAAAGAUUUACCUGAGAAACAGAAAGAAAUUGAGCUUCUGCUGGAAAGUUUGGGGAAUUUCGAAGACCGGUUAAAUCAGCUGACACAGUGGCUCUCCCCUUUAAAGAGCCGAUUGGAGUUUUAUCACCAAACCGGCCAAGCAGAGGCCUUGGACAUUAAGGACACCGAAGCAGCAGUUGGAGCCAAGCGGCCGGAUGUGGAGGGGAUCUUGUCCAAGGGGCGGCAUUUAUACAAGGAAAAACCAGCCGGUCACCCAGUGAAGAGAAAGUUGGAGCAGCUGAGCUCUGACUGGACGACGGUGGACCGUUGGCUCCAAGAGCUGAGGAGAAAGCCGGCCGUGGCAACCGUGGGAGUGGUCCCUCCCGGCAGCGUGGCCGGCCGGACUGCUCCCGUCGAAGCCCAGACGUUGGUUACUAAGGAAACGACCCUCUCCAAAGGAGAAAUGCCGUCUUCCCUGCUCCCAGAGAUGCCCGCCCUGGCCGACUUCAACCGGGCGUGGGCCGAGCUCACCGACUGGCUGACCUUGUUGGACCAGGGCAUCAAAACCCAGAGGGCGAUGGUUGGGGAUCCGGAGGACAUCGGCGGGCUGAUGGUCAAACUGAAGAUGGGGCUCCAGGAUUUGGAGCAGCGGCGUCCCAAGCUGGAGGAAUUAAUCACCGCGGCCCAGAAUCUGAAAAACAAGACCGGCAACCCGGAGGCCAGAGCCGUCAUCACCGACCACAUUGAGAAAAUCCAGAGCCAGUGGGAGGAGGUGCAGGAGCACCUGCAGGGUCGGAAGCAGCAGCUGAGCGAGAUGCUGAAGGAUUCCACGCGGUGGCUGGGAGCUCGGCAGGAGGCCGAGCGGCUCCUCGACCGGACCCGGGCCGAGCUGGAGGCCUGGGCCGACGUUCCCGCCUCCGCCGAGGCCGUCCGGGCCCAGCUGGCCGAAGCCAAGCGACUGGGCGGAGAGCUCCAGCGGGGCCAGGCCGGCGUGGAUGGGGCCAACGAUUUAGCCCUCAGACUCCUCCGGGACUACUCCGCUGACGACACGAGGAAAGUGCAGAUGAUGACGGAUGCCCUGAAUGCCACGUGGACCAGCGUUGGCAAGAGGCUGAGCGAGCGGGAGGCGGAACUGGAGGCGGCCCAGCGGCUGCCGCAGCAGUUUCCCCUGGACCUGGAAGCCUUCCUGGCCUGGCUGGCGGAAGCAGAGACCACGGCCACCAUCCUGCAGGACGCCUCCCAAGAGGACCGGACGCCGGAGGACCCCCAGGCCGCCGCGCGGCUCCGGAGACAGUGGCAGGACCUCCAGGAAGAAAUCGAGGCCCACACGGACGCCUUCCACAGCCUGGACGAGAACGGCCAGAAGAUCCUGCGCUCGCUCGACGGCUCCGAGGACGCGGUCCUGCUGCGGCGGCGCUUGGAUCAGAUGAACCUCAAGUGGAGCGAGCUGAGGAAGCGGUCCCUCAAUAUCAGGUGUCGCCCGGAGGCCAGUGAGGACGGGUGGAAGCGGCCGCCCGUGUCCCUUCAGGAGCUCCUGGCCUGGCUGCAGCUGAAGGAAGCCGAGCUGAGCCAGCAGCCUCCCCUGGGCGGGGACAGCCCCACCCUGCAGAAGCAGAAUGACGCGCACAGGGCCUUCAAGAAGGAGUUAAAAGCCAAAGAGCCCGUGAUCACCACUGCCCUCGAGUCGGUGCGGACUCUCCCGGAUGAGCAGCCUGCGGCGGGACCGGAGAAGCCCUUCCUGGAAUCCAGAGCGCAGGAGUCGGGCCCGCUGCUGCGGAAGCAGGCCGCCGACGUGGCCGCCCAGUGGGAUUCGCUGAGCCGGCGUGCGGCCGCCCGGCAGCGGCGCAUCGACGAGGCCCUGGGCGGGCUGCGGGCCCUCCGCGAGGCCGCGGACCAGCUGGACGGAAAGCUGCGGCGGGCCCAGGGCGCCGCCCGCGCCUGGCACCCCGUCGGAGACCUGCCCGCCGACUCGCUGCAAGACCACCUGGAGAAAGUCAAGGCCCUCGGAGCAGAAGUCGAAGCCCUGAAGGAAAACGUGAACCACGUGAGCGAUCUUGGCCAGCAGCUGGCCGCGUCGGACAUCCCGCUCUCUCCGUGCAACCUGAACCGCCUCGAAGACCUCAACUCCCGGUGGAAGCUCCUGCAGGUGACAGUGGCUGAGCGCCUCAAGCAGUUGCAGGACGCCCACCGAGACUUUGGCCCCUCGUCCCAGCACUUCCUCUCCACGUCUGUGCAGGGCCCCUGGGAAAGAGCGGUUUCACCCAACAAAGUGCCAUACUACAUCAACCACGAGAGUCAGACGACGUGCUGGGACCACCCCAAGAUGACCGAGCUCUACCAGUCCCUAGCUGACCUGAACAAUGUCCGGUUCUCGGCUUACAGGACUGCCAUGAAGCUGCGGAGAUUGCAGAAAGCCCUCUGUCUGGACCUCCUGAGCCUGUCGGCCGCCUGCGGGGCCCUGGACCAGCACAAUCUGAAACAGAACGAGCAGCCCCUGGACAUCCUGCAGGUUAUCAACUGCCUGACCACCAUCUACGACGGGCUGGAACAAGAGCACAACGACUUGGUCAACGUUCCUCUCUGCGUCGACAUGUGCCUCAACUGGCUGCUCAACGUCUACGACACGAGUCGAACCGGGAGGAUCCGCGUCCUGUCUUUCAAGACCGGUGUCAUCUCCCUGUGUAAAGCACAUCUGGAAGACAAGUACCGCUACUUGUUCAAGCAGGUGGCGAGUUCGAGCACGGGCCUGUGCGACCAGCGGCGCCUGGGCCUGCUCCUCCACGACUCCAUCCAGAUCCCGCGCCAGCUCGGGGAGGUCGCGGCCUUUGGCGGCAGUAACAUCGAGCCCAGCGUCCGCAGCUGCUUCCAGUUUGCGAACAACAAGCCGGAAAUCGAAGCCGCGCUGUUCCUGGACUGGAUGAGGCUGGAGCCCCAGUCCAUGGUGUGGCUCCCCGUGUUACACCGCGUGGCGGCCGCCGAGACGGCCAAGCACCAGGCCAAGUGUAACAUCUGCAAGGAGUGUCCCAUCAUCGGGUUCAGGUAUCGGAGCUUAAAGCACUUUAACUAUGACAUCUGCCAAAGCUGCUUCUUCUCGGGGCGGGUGGCCAAAGGCCACAAGGUGCACUACCCGAUGGUGGAAUACUGCACCCCGACCACCUCGGGAGAAGACGUCCGCGAUUUCGCCAAGGUUUUGAAAAACAAGUUCCGAACCAAACGGUACUUUGCCAAGCACCCGCGGAUGGGCUACCUGCCCGUGCAGACGGUCCUGGAGGGGGACAACCUGGAAACUCCCGUUACCCUGAUCAACUUCUGGCCAGUAGACUCGGCGCCCGCCUCCUCCCCGCAGCUGUCCCACGACGACACGCACUCUCGCAUCGAGCACUACGCCAGCAGGUUAGCCGAGAUGGAAAACAGCAACGGAUCGUAUCUCAAUGACAGCAUUUCUCCAAAUGAGAGCAUAGACGACGAGCACCUGUUAAUCCAGCAUUACUGCCAAAGCUUGAACCAGGAGUCACCGCUGAGCCAACCCCGCAGCCCGGCCCAGAUCCUCAUCUCCCUGGAGAGCGAGGAGCGCGGAGAACUGGAGAGGGUCCUCGCCGACCUGGAGGAAGAAAACCGAAACCUGCAGGCAGAGUACGAUCGGCUGAAGCAGCAGCACGAGCACAAAGGCCUGUCCCCACUGCCACCCCCUCCUGAGAUGCUGCCCGUCUCUCCCCAGAGCCCCCGCGACGCCGAGCUCAUCGCCGAGGCGAAACUCCUGCGGCAGCACAAGGGCCGCCUGGAGGCCAGGAUGCAGAUCCUGGAAGAUCACAACAAGCAGCUCGAGUCCCAGCUGCAGCGGCUGAGGCGGCUGCUGGAGCAACCCCCAGCAGAGGCCAAGGUGAACGGCACGACGGCCUCCUCCUCCCCCAGGUCGGAGGGCAGCCAGCCCGUGCCGCUGAGGGUCGUCGGCAGCCAGACGUCAGACGCUGCGGGGGAGGAGGAGCUGGCCGGCUCGCCCCGCGACCCGAGCCCGGGGCUGGAAGAAGUCAUGGAACACCUGAAUCACUCUUUCCCUAGGCCCCGAGGAAGGAAUGUCCCCGGAAAGUCACUGAGAGAGGACCCGAUAUAGGUGACCUCUUCCGACCGGGCCGAGCGCCGCCAACCAAGACGGCGUGUCCGCCUCCCGCCGGAGGCCUAGAGUAGAUGUGUUU